AACCAGGACUUCUACAGUUCAAAGAGGAGCAGGAGGAACCAGAACCUCCACUGAUUGAGGAGCACAUGGAACUUGGUACCAGCCAGAAGGGAGAACGACUUAUUCUGAAGUUUGAACAUGAUUCCUUUAAGGUUCCCUUUGUUAAGGAGCAAACUGACCAAAGCUUUUCCAAACAGAGUUAUUUGAAGAUUCAUAUGAAAACUCACGCUGGUGAGAAGCCGUAUUCUUGUGAAACAUGUGGGAAAAGUUUCAAUAAUAAGAGUGAUUUAAGGAUUCACAUGAGAACUCACACUGGUGAGAAGCCGUAUUCUUGUGAAUCAUGUGGCAAAGGUUUCCGUCAAGGGAGUAAUUUGAAGAUUCACAUGAGAACUCACACUGAUGAGAAGCCGUAUUCUUGUGAAACAUGUGGGAAAAGUUUCAAAAAUAAGAGUAAUUUAACGAUUCACAUGAGAACUCACACUGGUGAGAAGUUAUAUUCUUGUGAAACAUGUGGGAAAAGUUUUGUUGAACGUCGUAAUUUGACACGUCACAUGAAAACUCACACUGGUGAGAAGCCAUAUUCUUGUGAAACAUGUGGGAAAAGUUUCAAUAAUAAGAGUGAUUUAAGGAUUCACAUGAGAACUCACACUGGUGAGAAGCCGUAUUCUUGUGAAACAUGUGGGAAAAGUUUCAAAAAUAAGUGUAAUUUAACGAUUCACAUGAGAACUCACACUGGUGAGAAGCCAUAUUCUUGUGAAUCAUGUGGCAAAGGUUUCCGUCAAGGGAGUAAUUUGAAGAUUCACAUGAGAACUCACACUGGUGAGAAGUUAUAUUCUUGUGAAACAUGUGGGAAAAGUUUAGUUACACUGAGUUCUUUGAAGAGUCACAUGAGAACUCACACUGGUGAGAAGCCGUAUUCUUGUGAAUCAUGCGGGAAAAGUUUUAUUACACUGAGUUCUUUGAAGAGUCACAUGAGAACUCACAAUGGUGAGAAGCCAUAUUCUUGUGAAACAUGUGCCAAAAGCUUUGACUAUCAGUGUCAUUUGAAAAUUCACAUGAGAACUCACACUGGUGAGAAGCCGUAUUCUUGUGAAACAUGUGGCAAAGGUUUCCCGAAACGGAGUUAUUUGAAGAUUCACAUGAGAACUCACACUGGUGAGAAGUUAUAUUUUUGUGAAACAUGUGGGAAAAGUUUUGUUGAAAAUAGUAAUUUGACACGUCACAUGAAAACUCAUACUGGUGAGAAGCCAUAUUCUUGUGAAACAUGUGCCAAAAGCUUUGACUAUCUGUGUUAUUUACAGAUUCACAUGAGAACUCACACUGGUGAGAAGCCGUAUUCUUGCGAAUCAUGUGGCAAAGGUUUCCCUACACGGAGUUAUUUGAAGAUUCACAUGAGAACUCACACUGGUGAGAAGUUAUAUUCUUGUGAAACAUGUGGCAAAAGCUUUGACUAUCAGUGUUAUUUGAGAAGUCACAUUAGAACUCACACUGGUGAGAAGCCAUAUUCUUGUGAAUCAUGUGGCAAAGGUUUCUGUAGACGGAGUAAUUUGAAGAGUCACAUGAGAACUCACACUGGUGAGAAGCCGUAUUCCUGUGAAUCAUGUGGGAAAAGAUUUCUUUUCCAAAGUUGUUGGUGAACCAUAUGAAAA